GCCAAACUUUGCAAACUUUCGGGAAACUUUGCCAAAAAUCUUCUCAAAUUUCGCAUCAUGUUUCCAUAACCUAACGCGAUAUCAUAAAUAAUGGGAACAGCAAGCCAUCGGGAUCCGAUAGGGGUUCUGAUCGACCCAGAAAGCGCAGAGUCCGAGCUGAUAUCGGCGAUGAAACACGUCGCGGACCGGUCUCUGAGGGACCCGGUGGCGAGGGGCAGUUUCUGCGAGGACAGUCCGGAGGGUCCGAGCGUCGUGCUGACCAGACUGACCGACAUCCUGAGAAGGACGUCAAGCUGUCAGCUCAAGAUGCACGCCUGUGCCACUCUUGGAGCGCUGGCGCACGGGGACAGGCAGGUGAGAGGACAGGUGUGUCAGCUGGGUGUGUUAGCUGCACUGACAGGUAUCCUCAGAGGGAAGCAGGAUGAGCAUGGGCACCUCCUACCUGAUCAGCUGGAGCUGCAGGAACAGACAGCAGCCCUACUGCGCAAACUUACCUACCAGUACAAAUGUCAGCUUGAUGACCUGAGACAGUCCCAGAUCCUGAGCCUACUGCUGCAGUUCUGUGACGUGUACGGGAGAGACAUGCGGGGCAAGUUCUUACACGCCUUCCCCGCCGAGUCCCGCAGCUUCCUCGGGCGUCUGACCGUGGGAAAACAGCUGGUCGGGCGGGUCACCGAGCUACGGAAGCUGGAACGAAAAAUGGCGAUGCAGCGUUUCAACCGCAGGCACGUCGUCGGCUUGUGCGAGGACAGGGUGUAUCUGUGCGAGAUGUACGACACGACGACUACCGAAGACGUGUUGGUCAGCGCAGAACUGGUGAAGGCGGGGCUAGCCUGGGUGGAACCUGAAGACGUCAUGUAUCCUAGCGACAAGGGGUCAGAGGGCACUGAGGAGAAUGACAGAGGAGUGUGGAAGGACAUGUUUGUGACCUACUGGAUUGACGGCAGUCACUUCUGGGCCCACAUUGGUGGGGAGGACACUCACAGCACCAUCAGGAGGAUACAGGACGAGAUAAACUCCACUAAGUCUCAUGCAGAACCUUUGAUGAAGUGUCCUGAAGUAGGUGAUAUGGUGGUAGCUCCUCCAAAAGGUUCUCAUUAUGGGAGUAAAGAUGACCUUCCCGGGUCGCCUUGUACGACUGGAUACCGUGCGGUGGUGACUGAGGUGGCAGUUGGCAUGGUGUCCCAAGUUCGCGUGCACGCCGUCGACUACGGUUUCGAUACGGACGUGUCGUGGAUUCUGUUGACGAGAGUUCCUUCGUCAGUUGCCGACGAUCCCCCACAAGCCACGGCCUGUGUGUUGAGAUCUGUGAUCCCCCCUCCCCCCAGUGUGCCUGCUCUCUGCAGUGUUCUGGGCACCUUGUGUAACCUCAGCCAAGACUACUGCGGAGUCAGUGACAUGAUAGUCCAGAGGGAAGGCCUCCCUCUCAUCACAAAACUCUGCUACUCUCCUGAGGAAGAAGUUUGUCGACUAGCUGCCAGCGUCCUCCUGAACUUGGCCAGGAGUUCCCGUGUACGAAAAAGAAUGGGUCUUCUGGGAGUGCCUAAGGCGCUACUGGACAUGUGUCAGAGGUAUGUGAAGAAUGACGCCAUCCUGGAGGUCGGGAUAGGGGCUCUGAGGAACCUGAUGUACCAGUGUAUGCCCAACCGCUGGCGUCUGGUGGAUCUCAAGGGGUUUAUGGUCCUCAUCCACGUCUACAACACCUCGAAGAAUGAGAGCAUACGGCUGCAAACGCUGGGUGCGAUCAAGAACCUGGUGGGUGAGGAAAACACAAAAGGUGACCCGGACUUUUCCCUAAAGUAUCAUGGGUCUCCUAGAAAUGAGGAUGGGUACCACUUCAUCAAGGCUAUGAGGAAAGAAUCAAAACUAGAAGGCGGUAAUGUUAAAGAGGCUGAGAAGAAAACUCCUCCCCGUGCUAGUGGUAAAAUUGAGUCUCAGUCAGGAGAUUCAGAGGAGUCAUUCGCGAAGUUCAUUCUCAACAAUGUCACCAAGGCCAGGACCAGAGCAGCCUCUGAGUCAAGUGCAAGGUCAAGAGGAAGUCCUGGAGACAAGAAGUCAGAAUCUAAGACAACUUCAGGUAGAUCGAAGAGUAGAUCCAGAUCAAAAUCAGGGGGUUCACCAAGGUCUAGAUCACCAAGGAAGUCACCUGAAAAGUCAACGCAAGAGUCGCCAACAAGAAAGAAGAAUGAGAAGAAGCUAAGAAAAGGAGAAGUCCUUCCAGACCCAACCGAAGUCAGUCUUGGCGCGGACACUCUGAACUCCUUCUUCGAUGACACAGGUGAUGCUAGCUCUGUGAAGGACCCCGUCGUGGCAAAGGCCUUCUUACAAACUGUCUUGUCUCCAGACAUCCCUUCUUCUCGGCCGUUUAGUGAAGAACCAAAAUAUGUCCAGGGGUUUGUGGUGGACUUUGUGGAAGAUGCAACGCACGACAUCAGACCCCAGACUUCUAUUGACAAAAUCUCCAUCACUGCCAUAGGAAGGAUCACCUGUGCUUUUCUCAACAGUGGGAGAGGGGGUACCUUAUACCUGGGCAUCAGGUCAGACUACAGGGUACACGGUAUAGAGAUCACGCGGCACGAGAGAGAUGAGUUCCGGUUGGGAAUCGACCGCCUGAUGACCAGAAUGGUACCGCCUGUCAAACACGACAAGUACCAGGUUGUUUUUCACCCUGUUGUUGCUCGCCGGGGUUGUGACAGCCCCGAUACGCGGAAGUGCAUGGACGAUCUCCACGUGAUCGAGGUACAGAUUCGCCCCUCGCUCGGGGUGAUCUACAGCACGUGGGAGGACCGGUGUUACGUACGCGUGAAGGCAAGGAACAGUAAGUUGAGCCAUCAAGAAGUGAGAGAGUUGGUUCUGAAUGACGAGGAACAGCGUUACCGUACAGAGGUGGAGAGUCUACAGAGAGAGAUACACAGACUUCAGACACAACUCAAGUCAUCUCAGGGAGGCAGUCACAAUGAGGACAGUCUACCGAUAGGGAACAGCAGUGCACUGAGUGACAUGGCUUCAGGGGUGGUUCUGGGGAACUCUCUGAACAGUUCUUCUGACAGCUGUUCUCCCAAAGAUGCCUCAUCACCCUCCAGCCCAAUGGAAAAGUGCAACAUCUCAUAGUUGAAUGUAAAACCAGAACUUUGCUUGUCUCAGUGAUUCUUGUGUAAAGAACUUGCUGAAUAGAUAUAUCAUAUGAGAAGCCAUCACUUGUUCUUAGCAAAGAUUUUGAAUGUUUAGUCUUUCCGUUGUGUUAUAAAGUAUUUAAAUACCAGUUAAGUGUUACUAAUUGUAGUUUAGUUAUACUACAAGUUGCAGUAGGUUAUACUAGUAGUAGGUCUAGUUGUACAUGUAUUUCUAUUAAUUUAUUUAAGUUUGUUUCAGACAAAUGAUUAUCAAAGACAUGUUUUGUUUGGAUGGACAUUCCAAUGAG